GGCCCAAGUCCGUCCGUUUUUCCCCCACCCCUCCGAUCCCACCAUGGCCACCAACUCCGGCGGCGGGGCCGCCGGCGACCCCGCUGCGUCCUCACCAGCGCCGAGCCAACCACAGCAUCCGACACCCCGCAUCUCUCACAUCGUCCGCACCUACCUCGACCUCUCCUCCAAUUCCAAGAAGCGCCGCGCCAUCCGUAAGAACCAGCUCAAGCCCGGCGGCGUAGAGACUUCCGCCGCCGGAGAAAACAAGGGAUGCGGCCCCUCUGGGGCCGCCUCGUUGGAGCAUUCGCGGCUGCUGAGGGAGCUGGGCAUCCGGGUCUCCCGCUACACGAACGAGGAGCGCCGCGAUAUCAUCACCCGCUACAUGCAGAAGCGGAGCGGCCGCCAGGGCGUUAACCGCGCCGCUGCUAAGGUCCCGUCGAGGCAAGCCCUGGCGGAGCGGCGCCGGAGGGGUGCCGGAGGGCAGUUCCUCGGCAAGGAGGACCCGCAGACUGCAGAUAAACCUGAAGAGAAGGCAGAAGAAGAGCCAGAAUUGCCACCAGAAGUUGUUGCGAACGCUGGAGGAGUGCCCAUAAUUGGAAUGGUCUUCGAGAGUGAAGAGAAAGCAUGCAAGUAUUAUGUUAGUUAUGCAGGAAAUGUGGGAUUUAGUGUCCGAAAAGGAUUGUGGGAUAAAACAGCAAAAAGUGGCAGUAGAUCAAGGUUUUAUGUCUGUUCCAGAGAGGGCUUUCGCGCAAAGAAUUUGCCCAAGAGACCUUACCCGGAGACAAGGACGGGUUGCCCUGCACGAUUUUCUAUCAUGUUAACGCCCAGUGGAAAAUACCGAGUGACAGAAUUUGUGCAGGAUCAUAAUCACCAGCUUGCUGGUCCAAUUGAUAUUGGGAUGCUGAAGUCGCAAAGAUUAUUGUCCAAGGUUCAAUCUGGAAAUGGAAAUGCCAUAAGCAUUCCUCCAAGGUACAAGAAUUAUCUUCGGACCAAGUCUACAAAAGAUAUGAACGCAGGGGAUUUCAGAGAUCUUACAGAUUAUUUUCGAAGUAUGAAGAGUGAUAAUCCAUCUUUUUACUAUGCCAUCCAGGUGGAUGAAAAUGACAAAGCUGCUAAUGUCUUCUGGGCUGAUGCAAGAUCAAUCUUCGACUAUCAUUAUUUCAGUGAUGUGAUCUGCUUUGAUAUGACCUACAAACUGAAUGACUACAGCAGGCCACUAGCUUUGUUUUUGGGUAUGAACCAUCAUAGGCAAAUGGUCAUAUUUGGUGCUGCUUUCCUGUAUGAUGAAACGGCUGAAUCUUUCAAGUGGCUUCUUGAGACCUUUAAGAGCGCCAUGUGUGGGAAACAACCAAAGACAAUUUUGACAGAUCGAUCUGCUGCUUUGAAGGAAGCACUAGACCUCGCUUGGCCUGGUACAGUUCACCGUUAUUGCUUGUGGCAAAUAUACCAGGAUGCAGUUAAGUCCUUGGCGCAUGUUUUCUGUAUUUCAGAAGAAUUCACGCAUGAUUUUAGCCACUGUGUAUUUGAUGUCGAGGAUGGCCAAGAGUUUGUUGAGACAUGGAAUGUGAUAAUGGGGAAAUACAACCUUAAAGAAAACAAAUUGUUAAAUGAGCUUUACGAAGACAGAGAAAAUUGGGCCUUGCCAUAUGGCCGACAAAUAUUCUCUGGGGACAUUAAAAGCAUGGUACGAGCAGAAACCUUAGGCAUAAGAAUGAAAGAAUACUUGGGUUGUGAGAAAGAGCUAUCUCCUUUUUUGAAGUUUUUUGAAAGUUCAGUUGAGAAGAGGAGACAGGAAGAGAUACAAGCUGAUUACCAAGCCAGCCAAAGGGAACCAAGAACACCUCUGCCACUGCUCUGGCAGGCUGCAAACUUGUAUACACCAAUAAAUUUUGAGUUAUUUAGGAAAGAGUAUGAAGAGUGCAUGGACUAUAUGGUUUACGGUUGCGGCGAGUUCGGCUCUCUUUCUGAGUAUAUGAUUACUGUUAAAAACAGAACUAAAGAACAACUUGUGCGGUUUGAUUCAUCAGAUGGCACAGUUGCAUGCACUUGUAAAAAAUUUGAAACUGCUGGAAUUUUAUGCUGCCAUAUAUUAAAGGUAUAUGAACUGAAGAAUGUUAAAGAGAUCCCCCCACAGUAUCUUCUUAAGAGAUGGAGUAAAGAUGCAAAGUUGGGGACCGUUCAUGAAAUCGAUGGGUUUAGUUUUGACAGUCAUAUAGGAUCUUGUGUUCCAGAGCGUUAUGCAGCUCUUUGUCGUUUGUUCUAUAAGAUUGCUUCUAAGGCUGCCGCGAACGUAGAGACAUUUUCAAUGCUCGCAAGCCAGUCGGAUCAACUUAAUGAAGGAAUUGAACGAACUUUGCAAUCAACAUUAGCUGCUAAGUCAUCUGUUGUCCAUUCCAUCAAGGAUCAGUUAACUCGUAUGGUUCAAAAUGAUUAUCCCCUUGGUAAUAGCAGUGAGGCUCAGAAAUCUACGGGAAAGAAGAUGUGUGAAGUUACUUGUCGUGGAAAUUGUGAGGAAACCAAUAAAAGGCAGAAACAAAGAAAAGGGCAUUCUGGCGAAGCAGCUGCAGGACCAAGGGAAAGGGAAGUGAAUGUUACGGAUCAGUUCCUACCAGAUCAACCAAUGCAGGGACAUUAUGUACUUGGCCACAACUUUGGUCUUGGUACCUCACAGAACCUUCGUGAUGAUUUGAACCAUUUUGGUCAGGCUUCUGCAGUUCCAACCCUGCAACAGCAGCCAUUCCCUGGGAAUGGUCAACUAACCGAAACCCAAGCCUAUACUGGUGACAUGCACGCAUUGCAAUUCAUGGAGACGAAUCCCCAGAUCAACCAUGAGAAUGGAGAGGAGGGUCAGUCGUCGAUACCGGUGUGGGAUUUUCUCUGAUGUAUGACUUCACAUUACUUGUGUAUACCACUACGGCUAUUACUUGUGAUUGCCUGACCGCAACCUGUCAGCCUGUCCUACAUUUGCCACCAGGUUUGAAGAACGUAGAACCACUACUGAGUUUCCAUGAUGAGUUUUUUCUCCAAAUACUGCCGUUUGGCUUAGAUAACUGCCGUUCAGUGUAAUGCCCUGAGUUAUCCUAUGCAGUAGUGCAAUCCCAAAGGGAUCUUUUGUAUGUAACUGGCUGCCUUGUACGUAGUACAACAUUUGGCUGAUUGCCGGAAUGCCAAAGAAAUGUCAAAAAUAUAUUUCUCA